CUGGCGAUGACACGGGCGCUGCCGCGGCCCCGGAGGACGGGUGCAGCUGCGGGGCCAACAGAAGACGGCAGUAGCAGAAGCGGACGAGGGUUAGGAGGGGCAGGAGGAGGAGGAGAGGGACAGCGUUCGGUCCGUCCCCACAUUGCUCCCUCUGCCAGCUCUGCCCCUCUGCACCCACCGUCACGACCAGCACCCCACCACGUCUCACGACUGCAGCGGCAUGGGGAGCAGCAGCAGCAGCAGCUCUGCAAGUCCAGCCUGCCACCUUGGCCCCGCAUCUUCCACCCCUCCCACCAGUCGUCACUGCUGCCGCGCCUCUACCGCACCCGCAGCACGCCCGCACCCACUCUGGGACCCGCAACCGCGCCUGCACCCGCAACCGCGCCUGCACCCGCACCAGGACAAGCUAGCGCUGCCGGCAUGUUUGGGUUCGGUCGUGACGUCAGUACGGCAGCAGGUUCCGGAGCGGUCGCAUCCUCCUGCGCAUCAUCAUCAGCCUCCACAUCUGAGGCCACCGGGUUCCGUAAGCUGAAGCUCUCCAACUUGCCGCUGCUGUCUAGCUUCAGAUCCGAGCCGGCGGUCUCCUCCGUUCGAUCUGGUGUCAGAUCUGCUGGAUAUGGAUUCGGAUCUGGAUCCGGAGGCUCGGACCUUGGGCUGCAACCCGCGCUGCCAGGGCCCACCACCGGUAGCAGUGCUUCCGGUUCCGGAUCGCGGAUGACAACAGCGAUGACAGCCGUUGCGACCGACUGGUCCGCCUCCGUGCGCCGAGUGAUGCCAGCGGCGCUGUUACACCGCUUGGAGAGCGCACGCUGCACCCUGGUGCGAUCAACCUCCUCAUCCCUGUCAGCGGCAGCAGCACAAGCAGUACCAGCUGGUGCUUGUGCUACACCAUGCAGACCGGUUUGCAACGAGGACUGCGACUCCCCCUGGUCCUCAGCAGCAGCAGCACUGCGGCAGCCGCUGCUGCUGCCCUGCAGCCACAACAGCAGCAGCAGCUGCGACAUGGACGAGAAGAGGAAGUGCCCGCCCACCUCCUCCUGCUGCUCCCCCUCUACCGCCGCCGCGGGUGCUACCGCUGCCACCACCGCAGCUGCAGCUGGUGGUGGUGCUGAGGCUGUUUCCGGCGGUGCAGAGGAGCAGGAGGGGGAGCAGGGGGAGGGGGAGGAGGAGGGCCUGGAGCUGCUGCGGCUGGCGGGGUCGGAGGAGGAUGACCCCACGGUGAAUUGGGAUCGUUACCGCCGCCGCUGCCACCUCAACCGGAUGGGCAGCUGAGGCUGCGGGACUGAGCACCAUGGGGAAGCAGCAGCGGCAGCAGCUGGGGGAUAUUCACUCACCAUGGGAUCCGCAUGGGCUGCUGGGGAGCAGCGGCAGAGGAGAAGGCAGGAGCAGGUUUGUGUCAGCGCGCGGUUUGGUUGUCAGGAGAAGAGCAGCGCGAGGAGGCUGGGUUGGGGUCAGAAAAGCGUUAACAAAGAGGAGCGCGUACUGUUGUUCGGCAGUGAUGCAGGGUGGUGGUGCGGGUAGCGCUGUAGGACUCAUUCGGUCUCAUGUACCUUCCUGUGUUGGCUGGCAGUGGGUGUCACCACAGCGGUAGGGCCGCUGCGUGGAUGUACCGGUAUGUGGCAUUAGCCACAGGGCUGUGGCUGAAGUGGAGAGGCGGUGGCGGCAGGCAGGUGAACGAGUGAGGAGGGUGAGAGCAGGUGGGGUGGGUGAGGGGUAAGGACAGCCGCUGCCAUGGAUGGAUUCCAGAGGGUGAGGCAGGUGGUGAGGGAGGGACAGCAGGGUAACAGCGCCAUGAGCGGUGUGUCCCUGCGUAUUCGUGUGGUAUGGGGUUCUGAUUGAGUCAGUGAGGAAAGACAUUAAGACGUGCUGGUGUAAAUGGCUGGCAUGGAUGCACUGCCGUUAUUCUACGGCACGACACGCAUUGUGGGCUGUGCGGCAAGCUGGCAGCGCAAAGCACCGAGGUGUAGAACAGCUUUUUAGCGCGACAGAUGAGCGUGAGCGUCGUGUGAUACGAGUGAUGUGAGAGGGGUAUUGAGCCGCAGAGCGGACACUGAAAGGCG